GACUCAAGCUUUGUUUCUAAAUGCUCAAGUGUUUGUUUAUGGAGUACUGCAGGACUUACAAGUCGUCUGGCCAGCUAUAUUAGGUGCUGCUGGAGUAACUGUUCUCUUCUGCUACCUUUAUGUUAUUUUGAUGAGAUAUUUUGCCGGGAUUGUCAUUAUUGUCAGUAUCAUACUGGCUCUGCUCCUCAUAGCAACAAUAUCUGGUUUUGCUUACUUCCAAUACUAUUGCUUUGUGGCGGGUAAUGCCAACAUUCCCUCUCUCACAAGUGGUCUCACUGACUCAUCGACCGUCGUCAACUUCCUCAAUUCUACCGAGAGCUUUGCUGCGUCUGGCUGCCAGUUCACUAACCCGCUGAGAGAUUUCUUUGCCGCCAAUGCUCCAUGGUACGAAUAUCAGAAGGAAACAUGGCUGGUUAUAGGUAUUGUUGGCACAGUCCUUCUCCUAAUCCUUAUCAUCAUUCUAAUUGUCUUUUCUAAGCAGAUCAGUAUCUCAAUAGCUAUCAUCCAAGAGGCUAGCAAAGCCAUUGGUUAUAUUCCUGGUGUUAUAUUCUACCCUAUCUUCACUUGGCUGUUCAUAAUAUUAACAACGAUGUUCUGGGCAGCUGUGGCACUCUUCCUGUACACGGCAUCCAAGAGCCAGUUCAUAUUGAGAUCAAAUAAUGAAACCGUUGAUUCAAUAACGUCGAUCACCAACGUAACCUACCACAUUGGAAACGAAUGCAUCCUAGAGAAUUUCAAUGGAGUUCUUGGUAGUAAUAAUACACUAAUGAUAGAGGAUGUUGCUAGUGGUUUGAAUAAUACUGUUUCCUGUAUCUUUAACACUUACGUUAGUGACCA